AUGGCAGCAGGACACAAGGCUGCAGGGAUGGUGGGCUGGGCCAGCCUGGCCGGGCUGCUGGGGCGCAGACAGAUUGUGGGCUGCCCUGACGGCCGUGGGCAGGACUUCCUGUCGGACAUGGCCAUGACGGAGGUGGAUCGCUUCAUGGACCGGGAGCACCUGAUCUUCCGGGAAAACACCCUCGCCACGAAAGCCAUAGAGGAGUACCUGAAACUCAUCGGCCAGAAAUACCUCAAGGAUGCCAUUGGCGAGUUCAUCCGGGCGCUGUACGAGUCGGAGGAGAACUGCGAGGUCGACCCCAUGAAGUGCUCAGCCUCCACCUUGGCUGACCACCAGGCCAACCUCCGCAUGUGCUGCGAGCUCGCCCUCUGCAAGGUGGUCAACUCGCACUGCGUGUUCCCACGGGAGCUGAAGGAGGUCUUCGCCUCGUGGCGUCUGCGAUGCGCCGAGCGGGGCCGCGAGGACAUCGCCGACCGGUUGAUCAGCGCCUCGCUCUUCCUGCGGUUCCUCUGCCCCGCCGUGAUGUCCCCCAGCCUCUUCGGCCUCAUGCAGGAGUACCCCGAUGAGCAGACCGCCCGCACCCUCACCCUCAUCGCCAAGGUCAUCCAGAACCUGGCCAACUUCACCAAGUGA